AGCGCUUCGAAGAAAGGAGACAUAUUAACGUCACCAGGACUUUAAUUUCCUGACUUUUUUCGUCUUUAUUACACUUCUUAAAGUCAGCGUCAUUAAGUGAGGAUGCCUUUCCUCGGACAAGACUGGAGGUCACCGGGUCAGAGUUGGGUAAAAACCGAGGAGGGAUGGAAAAAGACAUCAACAGACGACAAAAACAACAACGUCUCCGUGGAGAGCUUCUGCAAAGCCGAGGAGGAGGAGUGUUUCAUCAAGGAGAACCUGCUGCUCUCUCUCAGCUAUGACAUGGCUGCCAAGAAGAGGAAAAAAGACCUAAUCAACAACAACAGCAAGGUCCCAUAUUUCCACCGGGAAAAGUGGAUUUAUGUUCAUAAAGGAAGUACCAAGGAGCGCCACGGAUAUUGUACACUGGGAGAGGCCUUCAACCGCUUAGAUUUCUGCAGCGCUAUCAAGGACACGAGGAGAUUUAAUUACGUCGUCAGACUCCUGGAGCUUAUCGCCAAGUCCCAGCUCCCCUCGCUCAGUGGAGUGGCGCAGAAAAACUACAUGAAUAUUCUGGAGAGAGUGGUACAGAAAGUCCUCGUCGACCAGCAGAACGUCCGUCCCAUCAAGGAGCUGCUGCAGACGCUCUAUGUCUCGCUGUGCGGUCUCGUUCAGGACAUGGGCAAGUCUGUGCUGGUGGGGAACAUCAACAUGUGGGUGCACCGCAUGGAGAACAUCAUGCAGUGGCAACAACAGCUGGACAACAUUCAGAUCAACAGGCCUAAAUCUACAGGCAUGACUCUGACUGACCUGCCUGUCAGCCUGCAGCUGAACAUCAUGGAGCGUCUGUCGGACGGCAGGGACCUGGUCAGCCUGGGCCAAGUCUGUCCUGAACUGGGCGCCCUCACUGAGGACCGGCUGCUCUGGAAGAGACUCUGCCAGUACCACUUCACAGACAGACAGAUCCGAAAACGCCUGAUGGUGUCAGAUAAAGGUCACCUGGAGUGGAAGAAGAUGUACUUCAAGCUGAGCCGCUGCUAUCCUCACAGAGAGCAAUACAGUGACACCCUGCACUUCUGCACACACUGUCACAUCCUCUUCUGGAAGGACACAAACCAUCCCUGCACAGCCAACAACCCAGAAAGCUGCACUAUGGCCCUCUACCCUCAAGACUUUAUUAACCUUUUCAACUUCUGAUCCCCCCACCCAAAAAAACCGCCAGAUGAACUGACUGUACAUAUUGUACAUAAAAUGAACAAUAUUGUUUUUGUUUUGAUAGCACAAUCAAUUCCUGGAUGUGUGUGUGUGUGUGUAUAUAUAGAUGAGGUAUGACUGGCGCUCAGGCAGUGGGACAAUUAUGCAAUCGAGUUUCUUUUUGAAAGAGUGCAAAGGCUUCUGUGAGGGUUCACUGUUGAAAGCGAGUGAAUGUGACAGAGUGGGAAAGAGACGUAGGAACAGUCGGCUUGUGGAUGGGAGAGGGGAGAGCAGUGGAAGUAGCUUGGCUCAGCUAAAUCUUAGUUUAAUGAGGUUUUGAAUUCACACCUCCUUAAGGAAACACCUCAACUGUAGCCAUGUGCAACAUUUUCUUAAUUUGAAUCAUAUGGUUUUAUUUUAUGAUUGGCUCUAAAACCAUGUCAAUUGUUCUUUUCAACACAGGAAGUAGAAGAUUAUUCAAAUUUGAGCUAAUGUUUGAAAUGGUGAUUUGUUUAAUAUAUUACAAGGCCUGCUCACAUGGGGCGGUGGGGUUGCUGUGUUUAAUGCUCAGAUGAAGUUUGCAAUGUUUUUUUGGCAUUGGGAUGGAGAGAAGUCAAUUUUGAGUCGCUGCAGUAAUGUAUGUUAGCAAGGGAGUGUUGACACACCACAGUAUCUUUUUCUAUUUUGCUUUCUUUUUCACUUUUAUAAAGAUUCAAUGUUUUUUUAAAUAUUAAUUGUGUGUUCAUUUUCUGCUGUGGCUGCUAUAGCAGUGGCAUCGGAGUGCAGUAUUACUAAAGAUUGUAAAGGUAUCAAAGGAACUAUAACAGUGGUGUGUGUGCCUUAUCGUGAAACUUGAAACCGGUACAGCUUAAUCCUUGUUUGCAAUGAUUUCAGAUCCUGAUGCUGUUAUCAUCGUCAUCAUCAUCAUCAUCAUCAUUAUCAUCAAAUGUCUCGUUUUACAAGAGUGGUAUUCAAGAUGUGAGGCUUUGAAACCAAAGUUGACUGUUUUGAAACAUCUUACUUUUCUUUAACCUCAUGCAUGAUUUUUUUUAUUUUUUAUUUUAAACACGUUGCUGAUUGUGUUUACUUAUUUAUUUAUUCAGAUUCUGGCAGUUAGAUCAAAUUGCACUGUUGGGUUUGGAAGAAUGGAAACAUUUGUAUAAUGGUGCAAUUUGACCCAGACUUUCCUCUUA